AUGUGGACGACCAGGCUGCUGUCCAAACGCACCGUCAGAGCAUCUGCUCUAUCCACGGCGACGGUGGCGACCGCGGCCGCUUCAGCGCCGAGCGCGCCGACCACGCCGUUUAGCGACAACUCGCGGGCGUCGAUUGCCGCCGUGUCUGAGCUGGCCGACUGCCUCGACUUUAUGUUUGAAAAGAUCAACUACGAGGAUGAACCCGGGGAUUUGCUACAACUGCACCUGGGCAGACUCAGCGAGGAAGCAGCCAAGUACGGCAACUCGCGCUUUAUCGCCAGCGAUGGCCAAGACUGGAGCUGCGAUUCGGAUACGGCCCACCUCGUGUACGCGGCGUGCCAGUGCUCAUGCCUGGUGUAUGGUCCCCUCGCCAAAUCCGACCCGGACUUGGUCCCUGUCAUCAGCCGCGCCCCUUCUGUCACCGGAACGACAAAGGCGGUCUCCAUCUGGACACUACCGUCGCGCAAGGCGUUGAUCGUGUCGGUCAGGGGAACUGCAAGUGCGACAGAUCACAUGGUCAACAUGAACGCAGAUGCCGUCGACGCUGGCUCUGUUUUGGGUCUUUCGAGCAGCCUCAACGCACACAAAGGAUUUCUCCACUGCGCACAGGCUCUGCUCCCAUAUCUCAAGCAGCAGAUUGAGCGGCAACUCGAACUGAAUCCCGACAUGGAGCAGGUCAUUUUCACUGGCCAUUCGGCGGGUGGUUCAGUGUCCUCUCUCAUUUUUCUGCACUUUGCCCAUGACACUCGCUCCAAGGCUCUACUGUCGCGACAGACAUUGUCGCUGGCAACCUUUGGCGCGGCACCGGCAGUCGCACAAAACGUCACCGACGUGACCAAGGCAUUGCCAAACGUCGGAUGGAUGUUAUCGUUCGUCAACGAGUUUGACAUGGUCCCGAGAGCGGACCAGCCGUAUAUCCGUUCAAUCAUCGACCUGUACCGUGCGAGAUAUGGCCUGCCAUGUCGCUCGGCCAUGCCGGGUGACGGAGCAUUCGACGCAACAGGGAAAACUGUUGCUCUGACGGCACCGCACUGGACCCUCCCCCCUCCCUGCUACCAGCUCGUAGGCGACAUCAUUCUCUCACGAAAGACUACACGCGUGCCGACCGCGGACGAUGGUGCCUCGGAGAUGACUGCCGUCUCUUCCCGACAGAUGCUGUUUCACAAAGUUUGCCCAGACGACUUUUAUGACCUUGUCUUUUGCGAUAUUGGUGUCCACAAGAGAAGGACAUACCUGGAGCGGGUGGAACAUCUUUACAAGGGCAGAUCUCUUGAUGCAGAGGCAUCGUCCGACUCUGACACGUUGUACACCAUGGGCAGUCGCGCAACAACGCAAGUUGAAGGGGUGAACGAUGCUCUAAAGGUAGUAUAG